CCCUGUCCCAGAAACUGCUACGAAGCAAGGAUGACCGUCCAGCUUCCUUGCUCAGGUUGGCUUCUUCUGCUUCUUCUGCUGAUGCUUGGUCGAGGGAGAGCCAAGCCGCUGGCUGAGAUCCAGAGCUUAUCAACAUUGCUGGAGGAAGAUCUGGAGCCCCCCAUGGGCGCAGAGGAGAUGGACCGGGGUCAGGAGGAGUCCCUGAUGACCGGAGCCCUGGACCAACCAGACCUCGUCUUCCCGUGGGCCAGGAGCCUGGAGGAGCACCCGGCUGAUUUCCAGCAGCUGUUGAGAGAGCUCCUAAACUCCACCAGGAGGCACCAGUCCAGGAACAAAAAGGGGCCAUCGCGAGGUUGCUUCGGGGCCAAGCUGGACCGUAUCGGAGCUUUCAGCGGGCUGGCCUGCUGAGCUCCAAGCGAGCAGGCUUUCCAGCCGAGACCACACCAGUGGCAUCUUCCCAAGACCCCCCUCAUCAUCAUCAUCAUCAUCACCGCAGCAGCGUCAAGUCAACCCCUCUGCAGACGUGUCUCUCUGAUCCGGAAGGAUUCAUUCACACAUGCACAUUGAGUCAUUUGGGAAGCUGGUUUAGUGCGGUUGAGUAUCCUUCCUCCAGUUCAUUUGCACAAAGGACAGAGGGAUCCUUCGGGGGCCCGCCAGUGGAGCCUCCAUGUCCAGGAAACGCCAGCUGCAUCUUUUCAGACCUCCCCAGAACCAUCUCUUAGAAAAAAAAAAAAAAAAACAGCUCGGUUUUUGAAAUUUGAAACGAUGUGCGUGUGUGUUUCGUAAAGGAGUCCACACAGAGACAAAAAACAGUUGCCUCAGCUCUUCCGAAUGGUUGAACUUCAGGUAAACUUCAGGAAGGAGGAAAGACCCCGUGAAAAUAUAAUUGUGUGAAUGACUCCGGUGGGGGGGGAACAAGUCAUGCUAAUUUGUACCUUGGCGUUCGUUCUUUGAGACGCUCUCCUCUUGCUUGUGCUGCGCCUUUCAGUUGUGAUUGUAUACACAUCCUAACAACUUUGUACUUGUGAUGGUCGUAUACUCUAUGUUAGAUUUUGUAAUUUGUUCAAUUAGAGUUUCCAGAACCUC